AUGGGUACCCCCAUGUAUUAUUACAAUAAAUGCUUCGCAUUUAUCAUCCGAACAUUCAUGGGGUUUCGCAGAAAUGUAUCUGCCAAUCCAGAUGAAAUCCGCCAAAUCCAAUCCAGGGAUGCUGCUCGAACCAUCAAGGUUCACCUGUAUCGACCGUCCACCUCUGGCCCAACACCUGUCUUAAUCAACUUUCACGGAAGUGGCUUCGUACUACCCCUGCAUGGGGGCGAUGAUGAAUUUUGUCGACGAGUCAGUCAUGAAACCAAACACACUGUCUUGGACGUCCGAUAUCGCCUGGCACCAGAACACCCCUUUCCCGCCGCCCUGAACGAUGUGGAAGACACUAUCAAAUAUGUAUUCGCACGUCCAGACGAAUUUGAUUUGAGUCGUGUAUCUAUAUCUGGAUUUAGUGCUGGUAGCAACCUCGGGCUUGCCGCGGCUUCAAAUAUCUUCCCUCCGGAUACAUUCCGCUGCUUGAUAGCAAUCUAUCCUGUGACCGAUUUGAGCCCUGAUCCCAGUACAAAGAUCGCGCCGGCCCGUGCUGACUUUGUAAUCCCUAUUCCGGUCAUGCGCCUGUUCGAUCGCUGCUAUAUCCCCCCAUCCCUGGACAAACGGGAUCCGCGCAUUUCGCCGCUCUAUUCCCAAGUGGACCGAUUCCCACGACGUGUUCUUAUGAUCACCACAGAUGGGGAUACCCUGGCACCUGAGGGAGAGGCACUGGCCCAGAAGAUCAAAGAGCAGCCAGGCUGGCAUGUGGUCAGCGAGCGCAUGCAGGGCUGUAGCCAUGGAUGGGAUAAGAACACGAAGGUGGGAACUCCCCAGUACCAAGCCAAAGAGCGGGCUUAUCAACUGGCAUUUGACAUGUUAAACGGGUCGAACUAG